AGCCUAAGCUGUCAUUUUUUUACCAGAUAACUUUGUACACAAUAUACCUUAGCUAAAUUGUUAGUUUUCAGAGAUGGGCAAAAUUUUCAGUCAACCAGAAGACUCGCGACAGUCUGUUCUCGCUUACAAGAACUUUCUGCGUCUCUAUAAACGUCAGCACAGUGAAAUGCCGCCAAACGAAGCGAUGAUGAAUGCAGCCCGUGUUUGGGCCACUUUUUCGCAGACUCGGCGAAUGCGAUAUGCCCAGGUGAGAUGUUCUAUAUCCGAUAUGCUUUUGGGUGUGUCCAAACAACUGGCUUCUAAAACUGAUAAAAAGAGGCAAAGGAAGGCUUCCUCUACCAAAAGGAGAACGAAAGUUAGAAAGUCCUCUGAAAAUCAGUCCUGUGACGAGAUUGAACUAUUCCAACCGCAAUCAGCCAUCACGAUUUCCGAAACUGGAAUACCAGGAACGCAGUCCAGAACGGCUUUCUCGAAUUUCAUGGACUUUUAUCAGGGGAACCACAGCAACAUGUCCAGAUCCUCGGCCUUGAAGCAUGCAGCUGUGGCCUGGUGCGAUAUGCCCAGGGAUCAGCGGAAACUUUUCUCCGAGCUUUAAUAGAGGGAACCCCCUUAACCCUCCAGAGGAGCCUAUCAUGUCUCCCACUCAAUCAAUGCCCCACGCAUGGCCGACUGUCACGAGAGAAUUCAAUUCGGAAUCAAGCUUAGCCAAGCGGUUACACAAUCGCCGCAAGUUCCGCGCCCCAAACACAUGUAUUCCAUCACGCAACCGGCGGCACGAAAGUGCCGAGCAACAGAGUCAAUACGCGGGAACAGAGCCACAGCCACAAUCAUUCACAUUUAAAUUAACAUUUCCCGCCGACGAUUAUCCUAAUUGUGAGCUGGCCUUAGCCUAGUCGCCUGUCCUGGUCGCAGAUGUGGAGCACUUUUGCCAUUUAAUAUUUGCUUGGCUGCUCGGGUUCUUGUGUUCUUGGGCUCUUGGGUGACGGCACGCGAGUCUGCUGAAAAAUGGAUUUAAUGCGACGCAAAACAAGCGCGGCCCCAUAAAAAUGAAAUGCGGAUUAAUCAAAUUAGCAUUUUGUACAAAUAGCAAGGCAUUACCUCGCAUACGGCGGCAAUUUGUAAUGCCACAAGGCCGGAAGAAGUCUCGAAGUCGAAGAGUUUUCUGCAGGAGAGGACAUGCAAGCAGUUCGCUUUUUUUUGGGGCCCAUGCCAAAAAAGUGAUUGCAUAAUUACCCAGGAGGUUUAGCAAGGCCGCUGCAAGAACUUUUUUCCCACACCAUCCCCAACUGGGAAUUAAAACUAAUGACAGCAAGACAUCCCGAUUCAAUUAGGCUCCGCUCUGCCAGGAUAAAGGACUCUAGGGCUGAAGUACCAGGUCAGCGUUAGGUUUAUUUUAUGUGGCCCAUAUCCUCGCUACUCUACGAGCAAAUGUUCGUGUUUUACUAGGGCGACUUUAUUGCAACACAAUGGUAUUUUAAGUGCCAACAAUAAAAAUGAUUUAUUACCCCACAAA